AAAUCUUUAGGUUCACAUCGUGAAACGGAAUAAGCCUAUUCGUUUAGUAAGUUGUUGUUAAUGGUAAAAGAAAACAAACCAAAAUGGAAUGUGCCAAUUGUCAAUAAAAUCGCACUGGACACGAACAGUAAAAUACGGCAAGUUAUUCGGUUUUAUUUCGUGCACGAAGUACGCGCAGUGUUGAAAGAUUAUACAUUUUAGGCUAAAGUAUAUUAUAUUAGCUAACAAUGAGGCGUUAUUUACUAUUUCUUUACAUCGUUUCAAUUAUUCCAUUUGCUUAUCAAGCGUCUACUAGUGGAUCUGUUGAAUUAGACGAAUUAUCUUUUGAUAAAAUAACAAAGAAAUUCGAAGCGUCCCUUAUUAAAUUUGAUGUGGCGUUCCCGUAUGGUGACAAGCAUGAGGCCUUCGUUGCCCUCGCAAAAGAUGCAAAGGACGAGGACGAACUAUUGGUGGCCGAAGUCGGCGUAAAAGAUUACGGCGAAAAGGAUAAUGAGGGUUUAGCGAAGAAGUACGGCGCCACGAAAGACAACUUCCCGGUGGUGAAGUUGUUUAUUAAAGGCAAACCAGAGCCGAUACCUUUCGACGAUUCUAAGGGGUUCUCAAGUGACGAGCUGCGCCGGUUCGUGCGACAACACACCGGCUUAUAUUUAAGUUUGCCGGGCUGCGUGAAGGAACUCGACAAACUUGCAAUAAACUUCAUGAAGGCCAAAAAAGACGAAAGGAAGAAAAUUUUGAAGAAGACUGAAGAGGUCCAGAAAUCCUUGGGCAAGGAGUCUUCUGGUAAGAUCUACAAAACAAUUAUGGAGAAGAUUCUAGAAAAAGGUGAAGAGUUUAUUCAGACUGAACAUGAGAGAGUGAAGAAGCUGCUAAGUGGGAAGGUAUCGGAUGAGAAGAAGAAGGAACUUGGAAUCAGGGUUAACAUCUUACUGACUUUCCAACUGCAUGACAAACAAAGCAAGCCCGGUAAAGAAGACCUCUGAGUGGUUGGCACAGAAUGAAAGAACUUAGUCUUGUAUGUUGGUUUAGGCAUACAUAUUUACCUCUGUCCCAAAACUCAGCUCUAGAAUUGUAAAUUUCCUACAUGUAAAUAAUAUGACUAUUCAUUUUGCAAUUUAUCAUGGAAAUUACGGGCACAUCAGUAUUAGGCAGCCGUUUAAUAACUAACACUUAUAAUAAGGAUUUUGAUUAUGUUGUUAUUGACCAUCUACAAAACUUAUAAUAUACUCCAAAACAAGAGCUCUAGACAUUGGAAUGAGCAUGACAAGUCUCAAAUCACAACAUGAAGUAUAUUUAUAAUUAAUGAUUCAUAUUUUGUGAUAUGCAAGCCUAAUAUUAAAUUAGGAAUGUGUCAACUAUAAUAACAGGACUUAAUAUUUUAAUGUCAUAAUAAGUAAUAUAUUAUAAAUUUUAUUGGAUAAUGUUAAACCAAAGCAUUUUCUUUACAUUCCAUUAAUUAUGAUUUUAAUUAAAGCCAACUUAUUGCAGCUGAUAAAAUCAAUUUCAUAGUUGACUUAGCAUAGGUUUAUAUCUGGCAACACAGGUUUAUUGUAAUACAAUAUUACUACUUUUGUUUUACUAUUUCCUAACCAGUUAAAAUAACGGUAGGUAAAUUUGUACUUAACUUUGCUAGUAUGAGGGUCAAUCUGCACUGAAAGAACUUUGGCGUUAAGAGCAUAGAUUGGUGAUCAUGCUGCAAGUAGCUAGAAGACUCAUCCAGCUUUGGUAACUUGCUGCCUCCUUUCUCUGUCAAAUGACUGUAGUCGCCACUAGUUUCAGGUAUUCCUGCAGUGUUAGCGUUUAUUUGCGCAAAAUAUUAGUACUUACCUAACUUAACGCAUUUACAAUUAAAUAAACAUUCAACAUCAGAAAAGUGACUCCUGGCUAAACUCGCCAGUCGCUUUACUAACUAAGCUACCGGUGUCACUAGAGUUUGAAUUUGUUUGUUGUAUCACGAUACGUCUUAUGGCAGACGUGCGCAAGUUUUUAAGUUCUUAAGUCCUACAGUUUAUGCUUGUGUUUGUGUUAAAAACAUUUUGUGCAUCUCUGCAUUGCCUUAAAGAAGUUUCUGAAAGAACUACUAAGUUAUGUAGUUUGCCAGAAACGGCGGGAAAUACUAUUGAUAGCCAUUUAUAAUUACAUACGUACAAAUAAAGCCAUUUGUAGCCGAACGUGGAUUGGCAAACACAGACUAUUUGUGCAUAUCUUAAAAAUAAAGUAUUUACGUUAUCAUUUAAAUUAUGUUGAAAAAGUUUUUAUGUGUGUUUGUUACUUAAUGUUGCACAAAUUUCAAUGUGUGAUGCAAUAAAUUUUCAAAAACUAA